GUUUAGAUUACAGAGGACAUCGACGUUUGUGUAGGAGACACAUGAGAUAUGGAGGUGUUAUUUGAGGAACCUGUGAAUUAAAAUAAAUAAUGUUUAAAGUCCAAAUGUCCAAAGCCAAAAUGACUUUGACUGUGUGUGAGUGCGUGUGUUUGCACGUUAAACACUUGAACAUUUCAGGUAUUUUUUUUUUGUACAGCAAAGAGCUUUUACUUUGAAACCAUUCACCGGAAAUGUGUGUUAUAAGCGUGUCGGUCUUGAUGCUCUUGAAUAAAGGCUUCCCUCAGUUGGCACAGCUGACAUUCUGAGUCUUACUGUCAUCCACAAACAAAGUCCUGGACUCGAACGCCAUCCCUCAACAUAAAAUCUGCGCAGCGUGUGUCCACUGUUACUGUCAUGCCUUUCAUUGAGAAGAACGUGUCUGACGCGGAGCUGGAGCGGCUGGUGGAGGAGCGGCUUGUCCCGGCGCUGCAGAGCUGCGGAUUCUGCCUGCUGGACGGCCUCCUCGGAGAGCUCGGGGACGGUGUCCUGGAGCAGGUGAAGGAGCUGCACCGAGUCGGAGCUCUGCAGGACGGCCGCCUGUGCGGGGCGGCUCCCGGCGUCCACCGUCGCAGCAUCCGCGGGGACAAGAUAGCGUGGGUGAGCGGCGGAGAGCGCGGCUGUGAGGCAGUGAGUUUCCUGCUGCUCCUGCUUGACAGACUGGUGUCCGUGUGCGCCCGGAGAAUGGGCAUCCAGGCCGUCAAAGAGAGGUCAAAGGCGAUGGUGGCCUGUUACCCAGGUAACGGAGCGGGUUACGUCAAACACGUGGACAAUCCAAAUCGUGACGGACGCUGCAUCACCUGCAUCUACUACCUUAACAAGAACUGGGACGCCAAGAAACACGGUGGAAUCCUGCGAAUCUUUCCUGAGGGACAACCGUACGUGGCCGACAUCAAGCCUCUGUUCGACCGUCUGCUCCUCUUUUGGUCCGACCGCAGGAACCCACAUGAGGUGCAGCCCAGCUACGCCACCAGAUAUGCCAUCACAGUUUGGUAUUUCGACUCUGAGGAAAGAGCCGAGGCCAAGAGACGCUUCAAAGACCUGACAGCUUCGAAUGAGCAGAGCAGCAGCUCCAGCUGAUCCAGAGGAAACAUUGCCCUCUAGGGUUGUUGUCCUGAACUGCAGGAAAAGACGACGAAAACUUCCACAAAAAAAACACAAAACAAUGGAAGGAGAAAGAGGAAAAAUCGGAGGGAGAACCCUUGUAUCUACUGCUCCUCUUGCUGGUGUUUGUCGUCCUAAUCUGCUAUGAGGUCACGUGACCAGCAGCUGCUCAGCACAGUUCCUUCUUUUGUGUGAGAUUUCUUUUCUCUGGUGAAAAAUGGCAGACUGCACCUAUUUUUCUACACUUCAGGAGAAGGCAGAGCUACGGCGACGAGAGUUUGUUCGUCCACGGACGAAAAAAAGGACGAAAAGAAUGUGAUCAGUCACAUUAGAAACUGUUUAUACGUGAAAAGUUUACGAUGACAGAAAAUUGAUUUUUCUUCUUUGUAAACUUGAGAACAUUUUCAAGAAUAGGAUGUCAUGAUGAAUAAAUGAUUUAAAAUUCUUAGCA